AUGGAAGAGCCUGCAGCUCCCACUGAAGCCUCGGAGGCAUCUGGGGCACCUACGGGGGCCGAGGUGGCAGGGGAGGGUGCACCUGGGCCUUCACGCCACAUGCGCCCGGUCUUCCGGCAAUUUGCGGCUGCAGGCCCGGCCCCCCUCCGUGCGUCACGUCGGAGGCCUGCCCAGGCCUCGGGGGGAGGGGCGGGGCCCAGUCGCUUGCAGGGCCGGAGCAGCGGCAGCUGGACAAAGCAAGUCACCUGCAGGUAUUUUCUGCAUGGGCUUUGCAAGGAGGGGGAGAACUGUCGUUAUUCCCAUGACCUCUCGGGCCGGCUGCAGGCUGGGGAGAGCCCUGGUUCACCGCCUGGGGCCUCCGCAGACCCAAGCCCUAGCACGGCUGCGCAUAUUGAGACCUUGCCUCAGGAAGUGGCUGAAGCCUCCUCUGUUGCGUUCGCCUGCUCCUUGCCUGCGAUUGGCUUAGCUGCUGAAGGGGGUUUCUUUGAAGCUGAGAGAGACAAUGCAGGCCUUGAAGCUGCUGGAGGAGCCGGUGUGGAAGGUUGGGAGAAUGCCAUUGAGUUUGUUCCUGGGCAACCCUACCGGGGCCGCAUGAUCCCUUCUGUUCCCAGGGCUUCUGUGCAGAGCCCAGUGACUGAGAGGGAACAGAUUGCAGUGGGCAGGGGGCAGCAGCUUUGCCGAGAUGCGGCUAUGGGGCAGUGCUUUCGUGGGGAGAGCUGUAUGUAUGUCCAUGGAGAGAUAUGUGAUAUGUGUGGGCUUCAGGUCUUGCACCCUGUGGAUGCUGCACAGAGGGCAGACCAUAUAAAGGCUUGCAUUGAAGCACACGAGAAGGAUAUGGAGCUCUCGUUUGCAGUUCAGCGAAGUAUGGACAAAGUGUGUGGCAUCUGCAUGGAGGUUGUCUAUGAGAAAGCCAACCCCAGUGACUGCCGCUUUGGCAUCCUCUCCAACUGCACCCACACCUACUGUCUUAGGUGUAUCCGCAGGUGGAGGACUGACAAGCAGUUUGGCAACAGGAUCGUCAAGUCCUGUCCACAGUGCAGGGUCACCUCCAACUUUGUGAUUCCCAGUGAGUUCUGGGUGGAGGAGGAGGAAGAGAAGCAGAAACUUAUUCAGCAAUACAAGGAGGCAAUGAGCAACAAGACUUGCAGGUAUUUUGCAGGAGGCAGGGGUUUCUGCCCAUUUGGAGAUAACUGUUUUUACAAGCAUGCAGACCCAGAGGGCCUGGGAGAGGAUCCUCAGAGGCUGAGUGCUGAGGCAUCCGGUGCUCACUGCGGUCAAUUUUCGGAGCCUACUCAGGUGCGAGAGGGUGAGAUGCCCUUUAAAAGCAGUAAAAAAGAGCUUGUCAUGCUUCGGCUGGCCAAUCUGUUGUUUAAGUGUUUUAUUUCACUGGGAAAUGAUGAGAUCUUUUCAAAGGACCAGUGGGACUUGCUUCAUUAUGAGCUGGAAAAAAAUAUUUCAGUUUGA